AUGUAAAUAUUAUAACAGUAAGCUAAUUUUCGUCAUAAGUAGUGAUCGAUAUUUAUAUUUAUCGAAAUAAAAUGAGUAAAAAUGUUAAAAAAGGAAAAAAAGUUAAAAGUUGCGUUUGGAAUUAUUAUAUGAAAGAAGAACUACUAAGUGCAAGAUGCAAAUUAUGUACAAAACUAAUUAAACACAGCGGAAACACGACAAAUCUGAUGCAACAUUUGAUCAGAAAACAUGCUGUUUUUAUUAACAGUGAAGAAUCAGUUGAAGUAAUUGAUCUACAGCAUGCCUUGAGAACAGAAUUACCAGAAUCAGAUGAUCAUGAUGAUCCGAAAGAAGGAACAUCGAUAAUGAAUGACGUUGAUGUACUGAAUACGGAUAAAAAUAUGACAACUAGAAGCUGUCCAAGAAAAGUAAUGAAGAAUGUAAAGAUUGACGAAGCCUUUAAAAAGAUAAAAUCUUAUAAAGCAGGUGGAGAAAUAUCAACUCAGUUAACUAAUAGUUUAAUGUACAUGCUUGCAAUUGACAUCCUGCCUCUAUCAACAGUUGAGCAUACUGGCUUUUUGCAUUUCUGUAAAAAGGCUGUGCCGCUAUAUUCUCCACCCAGCAGAAAAACCAUUACGAAUCUCUUAGAUAAUAAGUACUCCAUGCUUAAAAAUGUAUACAAAAGUCGUUUCCAAAAACAAAAACAUAUAACAAUUACAACUGAUAUAUGGACAGAUGUUUCUGUACAAAGUUAUAUAGGCGUAACAAUUCACUAUUUGAAAGACACACGCAAGUUUAAAUUUGUAAACACUACAAUAGGGGUAAUACCUCUAAACGAAAGUCAUACUGCGGAAUACAUAGGUCUCUGCUUGAUGCAACUUUGCGAAGAUUGGGGAAUAAGUAUAGAUUGCAUUACUGCGAUUGUUACUGAUAAUGCAGCAAAUAUUGUAAAAGCCGUCACUGAUACUUUUGGAGAAAAAAAACAUCUAAGAUGCUUUGCUCAUACACUAUCACCUAUAUAUCCUGAUGCUGUAAAAGCUACUCCUUCUUUAGUAGAGCUUAUAGCAAAAGUUAAAAGUAUUGUAACUUUAUCCAAACAAAGUGUUGUAGCUGCAGAUGAGUUAAGGUGCUUACAAUUUUUAGAAGGAAAAACGGAAGGAAAUGCAUUGAAGUUAAUUCAAGAAGUUCCUACUAGGUGGAACUCAACGUUUUAUAUGAUUGAACGGUUUUUAAAGUUAAAAGAUUACAUUAAUAAUAUGUUAUUAAAAUGCCCAAAAGCGCCUGAUAUGAUAGUCCGGGACGAACUAGAAACGUUGCAAGAAAUAGUCCAUAUUUUAAAACCAAUAGAAUACGUUACAAAUACUAUUAGUGGUGAUACUUACGCGACUAGCAGUCUCGUGAUACCGUUAGUCCAUUAUAUGAUGCUUACUGUUAAAAAGUGUGAUCCGAUUACUGAUACGGGAGUUCAGUUUAAAGAAAACAUUCUUACGCAAUUAAAUAAAAGAUUUCAACACAUCGAAUCUGUUUCCCAUUUAGCAAUUGCGACAUUGAUGGACCCCCGAUUUAAGAAAACUCAUUUUGAAAUUCCGUUAGCACUAAGUUCAGCUAUACAACAUAUUCAGAAUAUGAUUGAAAUCGAUUUAAGUAUUCAGACUAACAAAAAUACUGAAAUUGAGGCAAGUGUAAUUGAAAGAGAUAAACCAUCAAAUCAUUUUUGGAAGAUUCAUGAAGAAAUCGUAGCUUUAAAACGACUAGUUCAUCAGGAUAUACAAGAUAAUAACAUUGAACUAAAAAAAUAUUUAUCGCAACCGGUUAUUCAAACAUCAGCUGAUCCAAUAGAAUAUUGGGAAAUGUCCAAACAUAUUUUUCCAACGUUGUAUCCAAUCGCUGUAAAAUAUUUAUCCGUGGUAGUAACGUCAGUUCCUGCGGAACGUCUGUUUUCAAAGGCCGGGAAUAUAAAAAACAAUUUGAAAAAUCGUUUAACCGGCAAACGUUUAUCGACAUUAUUAUUUUUAAGUAGUGUAGGAGAAGACGAUUGGUACAUGUGA